CACCCGCACACAGGCGCCAUCUAGCGUGAAACGUCGCGGUUCGCGUGGAGAGAAGCCAUCGAAACGGACAGUUUUCAAUGAGUUGCGUGUAAAUGAAUGGGCGCAAGCGAGACAGCGGCUUACCAAAGCGGCAUUAGCAAGGGACGGCACGAGCAUCAUUUGUAUUACACCUUCGGCUCCCAAAAAUAUGCUUCUGUUUUCCUUCUCGGUUGAUCGGUGCUUUGGUUUGAAAAUAGUGAAAAACUAAACGCGCACAUCGUUUGCGAAAGCGGUACGCGAUGUGGCCCGGCUCGGUGUGUGAUUGAGGAUAGUGCAAAUCGUGUCGGCCGUGUUCAGCAUCGUUCCAGUGCAGAACGCACACGUCCUGUGAAUGCCCGUCCCGUCCCGUGGAAGGUUUCGGUCGUCGGGCAUGCCUUGUGAACUACACAAGAAGGAACGCUUGCCAUUUUUGAUGCUAUAUACAAACGCGAGAUAGAACCGCACACACAAAGGUGUCUUGCCAGCCAGCCUGCCAGUCAGCUCGGUGACCUCUAUAUCCGUGGAGGAAAAUUGAAAACCCAUACACCCGUAACAAGGGCCAGCAGCAGCAGCAGCAGCAAGCCGUGGCGAAGUAUACAAUUUGACCACCAUGAAAGCAACGCACGACGACGGCAUCUUUGUCGGCGUGAAUCUUUCUUCUUGAAAACCCCACUCUCCCUUGCUACCCCGAAUCCCACUUUCCCAUCUGUGCUCCCCAAAAACAUUCGGCUUGAGUUGCAUUCGGUCGCGGUGUUUGACGUUCGGUGGGUGAAGCAGCGGACGGAAGGAUGAGGGGUGUGUGCAGUUUGUGAGAGAAAAAAAAAACAAGGAAAACAAUAAUAACAUUUCAUCAAAAACAAAAAUGGCCGGAGCGCAGAUCACCUGCGAGAAUGAUCCGAAUUUCGGAAUCAUUCUUUCGUUUAUGGAACAGUUUGGGCCGUUUCUGGACAUUGGCGAGCUGAACAUAGCGGAAUUGAAGGCGAUGCUCGAAAACGGCGAAGCUGUUUCACAAGCGCUGGUUGAUCUGCAUAUAAAGCUGAUGCGUAAGAUAAACAAAAAAGUACCGGCCGCCCGGUGGGAGCUAGCGUUGGCCAAAUUUGCCCACUCGUACUCGCACCAGGACGCAUGGGAAAUCGAGCGAUUUGGCUACAAAACGGCCAAUCUAGCCGUCAAGCUACGGGUGUUGAAGGCAUUGCUGGAAGGACAGUUCGAUUUGAACACAAAGUUCAAAACACAAAUUAACACCACCGGCGCCGGUGAGCUGCGGCUGGAUCCGUUGGGGCGCGACCGGCAAGGUAACUGCUACUGGUACUUUAUGGACGAAAGUGCCAACCUGCAGAUCUAUCAAUCCGAUCCCGAAAUGGAAACCUGGACGCUGGUGGCAAGUAAUCGUGACGAGUUUGUCAAUAUGAUUGAAAUGCUGAAAGACAACCGCCCAAUUGAACCGCUGGUCGCAGUGAAUGCGGUGAACGAUGAGGAGGAGGAUAGUGCUGGCAGUAUGAGCGAAACGGAGGCAAUCAAACUCGAUACGUCCAUUCCGGCACCAUCGGAAGUUCCUCCGAGCUUGAUCAUAUCGCGCCGUACGUACAAAACUCCCGAUCAACUUGACGCAACACUCGCGGUGGAGGAUGAAAAGCUGGAGCAAACUGAUACCAUCGCCAGCGAGCGUGAGGAUAAGAACGAUCAGGAAAGCACUCCAAAACCCUCACAGGAGAAUGGUGCCGCAGAAAGGAAAGAAGAUGAUGAGAAGAAGACUGAGACGGUCGCAGAGAAGAAAAUAGAUGUAACGGUGGAAAACGAUGAACCAAUGGCCGUGGUUGACCAAGAAGCGCACGGUGAUUCGGUUUCGAAAGAUACUUCCGAAACUGUUAAAAUGGAGGUGGACGAAUCGGAAGAGUCGGAACCGGCGGUGGAAGCUGUUGCACCGAAAGAGGAGAUGCAAACGGAGGUAACGGAAAUGGAUGCGUCCAUGGGUAAGGAGGAACAAAAUGAAUCUGAAACGAUGGUGGAUGAGAAGGGAAAGGAAGACUCUGUUCGGGCGGGUUUGAAAGCAUCCGAGACAACCGAUGUACCGAAGGCGGAAGAUACUCCUGCAGCAGAGCAGUCGGAUACGAAAGAAUCUCGCGAGGACAGUGACAAGCAAGUUAACAAAACGGGUACGACCGAACUGAAGGAGGAAGAAGCUGUUAGUGAAGCGAUCGAGGAUCCACCGGUGGUCGUGAAAGGUGAGGGCAGUGGUGCCGACUGUAACAGCGGAAUUGAGCCAAUGUUUAGCGAGGUCAUCGAAGAACCGGUGAUGUUCGUGUACGGUGUCGGGGCUGGUCACGAGAACGAUAUGGGUAACACGAAGAAGAUCGAGACGGCUAACACCAACGCGAAGGAACGGGAGCGUGAGAAUGAUUGCAGCACGAUAGGCACUGCAAAGGCUGGAAACGGUGAAACCGAGCUACCACAAAACAGGGAAGGAAAUGGUGAUAACCAGAACGAGGAACUGGACUUGUCGAAAAAGGCGGCGGUGAUGUCGGUACCAACCAAAGAGAAGGAUGCGGUCGAUGACGGUGAGAGGAAAAACCAUGGCCAGAAAUGUGAGCUACCACCACCAGGUAGCAGCAGCGCUGAAGCCGAUGCAUCUGAAGAUGCGGACGUUGCACUUGCGGAUAAGAAGCAACAUUUGCGCGGAAAGCGAAACGAACCGUUGGCAGUGGGAGCGACGGUGGUAUCACAACCACAAGACAAACCGGUAGAAAAGCGGCGUGGUUCGAGGAAAAGCAAUACGCCUAAAAAGGCAUUUGAUGCGUCUGUGACGACAGCGACACUGCAAAUAAUGGAAGCUGCUGGUGAGGAGUUAGGCAAAGAUGACGGAUCAUUCCGGGUGGAAACUGCAGUGGAAAAUGCACCUUCGGAAAAUGCCAACGCGGAUAAAAAUGGAGAUCAUACAGAUCCUCCUCCCGUGAAAGAAACGGAACUGAAGGAGGAAAAGAAGAGCCCAGCUAAAGAGCUAGAUAGUACAGAGAAGCAGGAAGUUUCGCCCAACGGUAGUAAAAAGGGAUCCAAAAGUACCACGGCAAAUGAUGAUGUAGUCAAAAGCGAACCACAAAAGGAUGAAGACCAGAAGAAGCCAGAACCAUCGCAACUGGACGAGACAUCACAAGUAGCGCCUAAGGUAGAGCAAAUGAAAACUGAAGAUGAUCUACCGAUGGUGAAGAAAGAGAAUGAUCAACCGGAAGAUCCGGAAGGUGAAAGUCCUCCAAAACGUAAGCGACGCCAUCGGAAUGGUUUAGUUGACGGACUCGACAUUUCGAUGGUGCUGGAUGCAGGUUCCGACGGUGGCAACAAUCCACCGGUCCGGCAGUCGCGCCGCAUCGCCAUGCAGAAGAUCAAGGAAGAAACGAACCGACGCGAAAUCGAGGAUCAGAUGCUGAAAAAGAUGAAAGCGGACGCGGUGAAAAAGAAAAAAGAUCUGGGCAUGAAGAUUUCCGACGAUGAUUACCGAGCCGACCGGACCGAGCACUCGUCGUCCGAGGACAGCUCGUCGGACGGUGGAAUCGGACCGGAUGGGCGCCGAAGGAAGAAGAAGAAAAAGAAGAAAAAGGGAAAUCUUUCGCAGCAGGCGCAGCAGCAGCUGCAGCAACAGUUGAACAAAAAGCAAUCUACCUGGAACAGUGCAUCACCGUCGGAAAGCAGUUCGGAGACGGAGGCGGAAGAUUAUUUUGCCGAAACGUACCACUCGGAGGAGGACGUACGGCGCAGCCACGUGCUAAAGUCCGACCAUGAGUUUUCGCCCGAAUCGGACCUAGAAACAGAGGCACCGGCGCAACCGCUGAAGCGAGCCCGAACCGCGCGGAAAGCGAGACGCACGCGCGACGAAGCGGAAGAGGAGGAGGAAGAGGAGGAGGGCGAUGAUGGGGGUGAGGAUCACGCGUGCCAGGAGUGUAAAAAGACGGACCAGCCCGAAUGGAUACUGUUGUGCGAUUCGUGCGAUAAGGGUUACCACUGUGCGUGCCUGAAACCGGUGCUAUUCACCAUCCCCGAAGGCGAUUGGUUCUGUCCGGUGUGUUUGCACCGGCAGCUGAUCGAGCGAUUACAGUCGAAGCUCGUGCUGUACGAUGCCCUGCGGACGAAGCUAGAAGCGGAAGCGAAACGACGCCAGGAGGAGGAACAGUCGGCGCGUGAAGCCGAGCUCGCCGAACAGGCGCUGGCGAACGAACGGGAAGAGCAGCUGCGAGCGCAAAGACGUGCCCGGCAACAGCAGCGUUUGCUGGAGCGUGCUGACGCAGCAUGCUCGGAGGAGGAAUCGACGCGCGAUCGGCGCCGGCGAAGGCAACGGCAUCGAAACAGGCGGGCGGCGCCGAAAAAACGAUCCCGAUCCCGGUCGGGCGACAGCAGUUCGGACGGGUUGGGAAGUGGUGGUGGUAGUGGUCGCAGCGGUGGUGGAAGUAGUGACGGAAGUGGAAGUGGUAGCGAUGGUAGCAAAAGCAGCACCGACUCGGACGAUAUUCCGAUCUACAAGCUGCGGCGCCGUGCUUCGGCAAAGGUGAGCUACAAGUUUAACGAGUACGACAGCCUGAUCGAUUCGGCCAUUCGGCGCGAAAUGCGCGGCUGCGAGGUGCUGGAGGACGACGAAGAAGAGGAUGAGGAUGAGGAAGGGCACGGAUUUUCCAAGGGCAAGGACAUUAGCACAAUCAUCGAAGCCACCACACGCGAGGAACAGGCGCUCAAGAAGGCAUUACUGGCAAAGGAAGGUGGAAACGGUGGGGAGGAAGACGGUCGUUUGAAUGGGGAUCGCGAAGGAUCGCAGCCUGGUGCCGAGACGGAGGUGAUUGCGCGAAAGGAGCGGAGCGGCGAUGAAGAUGGUGAAGAGGUGGCGGUGCGACAGGAGCGUAAACCACCGCCCAGCAUGAACCGUUCAUCUGCCAAUGCUGUUGGCAAGAAGCACAAAAAGAAGAAGAAAAAUCUGUGCAAGAUCGAGAUCAGUUCCGAGGAGGAUGACGAUUCGGACGAAGAUUUCCGUGGGGACGGCAGCGGGUCCGAUGACGACGAGGAAGAGGACGAUGACGAGGAGGAGGACGACGAUGAGAACUCGCUGUCGGGCGAGAGCGAAAGCUCGCUCGAUACGGGUCGGCGCGGUCGCAACAAUCGGCUCCGGAAGCCGAGCAAUCGGGCGGCAGUUAGCAAACGUCGCCGGAUAGUGGAAAAUUCGGACGAUUCGGACGAGAUUGAGGAGGAAAUGCGACGGGCAAAGGCGAAAAAGGCGCGUAAAAAUCGUGUCCUCGACGACAGUGAUGAGGAGCUCGAGCUGGAUGACGACGAGGACGAAGACAGCGAGGAUUACGAUAGUGACGAUCUGUGCAGUGACACGGAGACGGAAAGUAGCCGCAGCAGCAAGAGCAGCCGCAGCGGGAGCACGAGCAGCAGCAGCAGUGCACCCAGCACCGAGGGUGAUUGGCGGCGCAAGAAAAAGUCCAAGGGCGCAAAGUCGAAACCGAAAUCGGGCGGAGCAGCAUCAGGAGCAGGAGCAGCAUCGUCGGCCGGCGGCGGCAAACAUCUCGAACGACCGAAGAAAGGGAAGGAAGCACGUCCGAAGGGGGCACUUGAUUCGAGUGACGAGGAAAGCGAAAGCGACCGGGAGGGUGGCAGUGGCAAGGGAAGCGGUAAAACGAUGCCCGGCCGAAAGAAGCAAAGCAAAAAGACGAACUCACGGUCCAGUCCCGAUGGGGGCCGGUCGGGUGAGAAGAAAACGGAUCGUAAAACGCGCGGCAAAAAGAUCCACUACAUCGUCGACGAAGACUUUGAGAGUUCGGACGAUGGGAUACGGCCGGGUGUGCAGCGACCGGACACGCCGCCGGAAGAGCGGGAACAGUUUAUCAGGCGCCAGGAGGAGAUUAAGCGCAUGCUGGCGGAGAACAAUGCGGCGAAGGCGAAGGAGCUGGCCACGUCCAAGAUCGAUCAGCUGGUGGGUGGGCGCGCUGGAUCGAAGGAACCGUCGAAGGAUUCGCUGUCGGACGUGCCGAUGCAGGUGAUAGAAAGUGCCCGCAUACUGGACAUUGAUUUCCUGAAGAGUACGAGCGGCAACACGGCCCGCAUCUCGACUGUGGACUCGGUGGUAGAUUUUGACGACGAGCUGCCGGAAGAUUUCGACCCAGACGACGAGAUGGACGAUGAGGCACUGGCAAAGAUUAUGGAGGAGGAGGACUUUGCCCACCAUCAGCUGAAGCCACCGACGGCGGGUGCAGCUGUUGGGGCUGCGGCCGGUUCAUCGGCAUCGGCCGAUUUGCUGCCACCGGUGCCACCACCACCUGCUGCUGCUGUGCCCAAAAGCAGACUUAAACCGGGAGAUCCGGACGAGUUCCUACUUCAGCAACAGCAACAAAAGGCGGGCCGUCCGAUGGAUGUGUCUCCUGGUGCCCGAAAGGAUCAACUGCCCCCGUUGCCUUUACCGGUAAAUCUGGCUUCCUCGUCCUCGGCAGCACCACCGCCACCACACCAUUCCUCGGUGCAUAGUCCCAUCAAGGCCUUACUCAAACCGACGGGCAUACCGACGUCCACCAUCAUGUCCGCUGCCGGUGGUGGUACGAUUCUCGCGAACGCUUUACAAACUGGCCCCACGUUGCCGCCACCACCGCUACUGAAAGAAUCCCAUCCUGGUGGUCGUCCGGAUAUACUGAUGCGAGGCGGGCCACCACACUCGCAUCCGCCUGGCAGUGGCCCCCCGCCCCAUCAUCACCUUCCACCCACAGGUGGACCACCGCAUCACAAGCCGGAGCUGGCGCAUCUGAUGAUGGGACUGGGUGGUGGUGUUCCGCUAUCGUUGGCAAAGGGUAUUCCGCUACCACCGCACCACCAUUCUGGACAUCGUUUACCACCCGGCGCACUGGGAAUGCCGCCGAACAUGCUCGCGCAUGUUGCCCAUCCUGCGCACGGAGCUAAUCUAGGUUUGCACCCUAAACCCGGCACUCCGGGUGCGGGAGUGAUAAGCAACAAUGCUGCUGGCAUUGCAGCCGCAGUCGUAUCGGCCGCUACCAGCAUCGGUCCUGGUGCAACCGGACCGGGUAUGGCGCAUACACCGCCGCCAGCAUCACCAACAGCGACGGCAGGUCCCGUACCAAGAAUGCCCAUCGGUGCGACACCAUCACCGGCGGCGGCGACGACCCCAAGUACCGAGCGGAGGCCGGGUCGGCGGAAGAAGAUUACCCCGCUCCGGGAGGAUCUAAAGCGCAAGGGAGCGGGCGGCGGGACGGGAGAUCAACCAUCGGUUCCUACGGCGGCCCAUCAAGAGCAGCAUCAGAGGCCACCGCCUCAGCAUCCCUCGCUGCAUCACGGUCAUGUGGCACGGUUACCACCCCCGCCCACGAUGCCUUCCGCGUCGACGGCAGGUCCACCGGUCGGGUUGAGGCCAUCACUACCACCGGUCACCACCAGCCAUAAUUCGAUUCAACAAAGCGCAUCGGCCAUCGCUGCUGCUGCUGCGGCCGCUGCGGCAGCAGCAGCUGCUCAGGAGCUGGCAAUCAAAGUACAUUCCCGAUCGUCCGUGGACGCAGCGGGCGGUGGCAGUGCUGGUGGUGGAAUGCACGUAAACGAACCACCGUUGUCGGUUCCUUCCUCCGUAGCGCAUCUGUCGUAUUUCAGAUCGGAAAAUCCGCUCUUUGCGCACCGCCUCGGUCCCUUGCCUAGCAGUAUUCUUUCUACCGGCAGCAGCAGCAGCCUGCAGCGGAUUGCGGCCAUCAGCGGUGCCGCACCGCCGACAGUGUUUGGUGAUCCGGCAGCGUACAAUGGUGGCUGGAAGCCACCACCACCACCACCAUCAUCGGCAUCGGCCAGUAGUAAGCCGAAAGCAAGCGGUGGCCCACCGUCAGCGCCACCCGGUAUGAUGGUGGGUCCACCUCCUCCUGUUGGAUCACUGGAACAUUACCAUGAAUAUAAUCCAGGAAACCAUCACUAUAACCCGUACUACAAUGUGCUGGAUCGGGCCGGGCAUCUGAGGCCGCCACCAACGAUCGGUGAGCUGCAUCGAACCAGUGCCCUAUCGCCCACCACCUUCACCACCCUGCAGCCGCUCGAGUUUCCGCACGUGCUGAAACCGACCGGGGAAAACCAUCAUCACCAGCCGCCACCAUCCAGCCAUCAUCCACAUCAUCAUCACAGCGCCACUCCGUCGCCGGCAACUUCCUCGACUGGUGGUGGUGACGAUGGUUCGAACGUAGAUCAUCGGGCGCACGGUGGUGGUGGUGGUGGUGGAGGUGGUGCUGCUCCAGCUCCUGCUGGUCCACCACCGGCGACGACCCAUGCCUCAUCCGCACCGUCGCCUGCGGUGUCGGAAAAUCAUCCAACGUCGGUGGUAAGCGCACCGUCGCCGCCAUCUCCCACGAGUGACUCCACGGCGUCCGGUGCCGGGACGGUGGCUCCAUCGCUGGCGCCUCCAUCCGCAAGUUCCGGUGCGCCUGCUGCCUCCUCGUCCAGCACGAGUACAAGCGUUUUCGGCGAGCUAGUAAGCUAUUUCAGUUCUCAGCAAGAUGAGUUAGAUUCGUAGAUUCUAUUUAAAUGACAAAGCACACGGCACGCCGUCGUUGUGCGAAGUGUAAUUUUUAAUCUAUAUAUCCACACGCAAUCACACAAAAUCUCCACCCCCGGACCAUCCCCACUGGAGGAGCUAAUGCUUAACUUAUACACAUAGGUGCACCUCCCAUUGAAAAGGCCACUUUAUUAGACACCGAUAUCCUCUUGCUCCACCCAUUAUUACGUUCCAUAUUAUGCGCGUAGUGUUGUGUUUUUUAAUCGAUUGGCCAAUGUUUAUAUACGGUGCGGUGUGCGUUUGUAUGUGGGGGAGAUUGCUAGAUGCAGAUAUAUUUGUUUACAAUAUAAGAAAAUAAAGAUAUACUCACAGACCCAGAAACAGGACGAUCCGUGUCCACAUGGUAGCGUGGACAUGAAUUUGGUCGAGCGAAUGCUAUUGAAUUAGUGGAAACAAAA